UUGUGGGUUUUAAAAAAAAUUCUUGCAAUGUGGUUUGCAAGCUUCCAUUUCAUGCCCUCCCCCAUCACAAGUACAGCAAUACCAGAAUUAGACAUUUUUCUUCUUAUUAAGGUCAGAGGACUAUCCAUGUGUAAAGAGUAUCAUCAGUGUGCCUGUGGACAAGUGGGCGCUGAUGCUGUAAAGGCAUGGUGCAUAAGAAAUCUGUACAAAUAAACAAAAUGGAAGCAUGAUUGUUUAUUUAGGAUAGCUAUUUCUAAGUAUCUUGAUUGUAUAAACAUGCUGCUAUUAUCCAAAGCAGUCUUGACAUUCUUCAGAUACAGUAGGCUAGUUCACUGCCAGCUUCUUCCAAAGAGCUGUGUUCCUGGGAUACAUGCUGCAGGAAAAAAGCAUGUGAACCAAGCAUUGUUUCAUGGAGCUGGUAGUUAUCUUUGUGACCUACAGGAAAUGAAAAAGUGCAGGUUCCAUGUGUACAAGAUGAUUCACGCUAGCCCUUUCUGUAUUCCUACUAGUCUUUCUGUACUUGCUCAUGUGAUUGUACAUUUUUAAAUGAACAAAUUCUGUCCCUAAUGUUAUGUAAAGGGAGUUUCUAUUUGUCCUUUUCUGACAGAAUGCAGAUCUACCAAACAUCUUUUCAUCUGGAUUUCUCUGCAAAAUAAACAUUUGUGUGGGCCUUCACCAAUAGAGAUGUCCUUAAGUGCUGCAUAGAGGGAAGGUUUUUACAAGGGCAACAUGCAGCCUCCCUUUGGCUUUCUGUUUGACAUUGAUGGGGUACUGGUACGAGGAAGGACACCGAUUCCUGCUGCAAGAAAAGCCUUUCAAAAACUGCUUAAUUCUCAGAGACAGUUCUCCGUUCCUGUUGUGUUUGUCACUAAUGCAGGAAAUUGCCUUCAUCAGAAGAAAGCAGACCAACUAUCUCAUGUAUUGGGAGUGCCAAUUUCUCAAGACCAAGUCAUCAUGUCCCACAGCCCGUUACAGAUGUUCAAACAUUAUCAUGACAAACAUGUUCUUGUGUCUGGACAAGGACCACUUCUUGACAUUGCUAAGCAUCUUGGAUUUCAUCAACUUAUUACAAUUGACAGGCUGCAGGAAAUCUAUCCGUUAUUGGACAUGAUUGACCAUGAGAGAAGACCUAAAGUUUUGCAUACACCUGCAGUGGAACUUCCCAAGAUUGAGGCAAUUGUUUUGUUUGGUGAACCAGUCAGAUGGGAGACCAACCUGCAGUUGAUAAUAGACGUCCUCCUGACAAGCGGCUAUCCUGGGAACCCAUAUUCACAGUCGGCAUACCCGCAUAUUCCUGUACUGGCUUGUAAUAUGGAUCUGAUGUGGAUGGCUGAAGCCCAGUCUCCAAGGUUUGGUCAUGGAACAUUCAUGCUUUGCUUGGAAAACAUUUACAAAAAGAUUACUGGGAACGAGUUGAGAUACGAGGCUUUAAUUGGAAAGCCUAGUGAGGUGACUUAUCACUAUGCAGAGUACCUGAUCAGAAUGCAAGCAGCUGCAAAGCAAUGGAAAAAGCCUAUUCGGACAUUGUAUGCUGUUGGGGAUAACAUAAUGACAGAUAUCUAUGGUGCUAAUCUUUACAACCGCUACCUUGAAGAGAACUCCAGAGCAGGCUCCAAGGCAUGUGUCCAGGCCAAAGCUGCAGGUGGCACUGGAUCUUCUACAGUUUCUCAGGAAGAUGACAUUGAUAACCCGUGGGAAAGUGAAUUGGCAUCUGCUAGUGCUACAAGAUGUCUGUCUAUCCUUGUUUGCACUGGGGUUUCCAACCCUCACACAGAGGUACCCUCUGAUACCAGGAAGAGCAUAACUGAGACUGUAUUCCAUGGGCAUAGAGAUUUCAGGUUUGAUCCUGCUUUAGUAGAACCUGAUCAUGUUGUGACAGAUGUUGAUGCUGCUGUUGACCUAAUCUUCCAACUGGAGAACUUUGCACCAGAUGAAAACCGUAGGACCCCCUAAUAACUUUCUUAACGUAGUUUUCUUCUUUAAAAAGGAGGGAAAGACCUGAGGUGCUCAGCACUAUCCUCUUCCUAAUGUGUUUAUUUUUUACAUGUAACAUUUAAAAAUACACUCCUGUGUGUUAUAACAGCACUUUCCUCACUAUUUUGUUGAAUCUGCAUGUUCUGACAUACUCUUUGUGGCUGUUGCUGUGUUACAGAUUGUCAGUGUAGUUUAAAGUCAAAGUCUAGAACUUUGCAUAUAAAGAAGAACAGAGUUUGAGGAAGCAGAGAAAGUCACAGCAAGAAUGCUGCAGUUAAGGUGCAAGGGACACUCUAUAUUGUUCAAAUUUAAAGGUUAACAUUAGGGAAAACAAUAUUCUGUCCCUCCAGCAUUGUACUUUCCCUUGCUGCUAUUUCCGUCUAUAAUGCCCUUCAUUUCAUUCUGUGGCUCUAUUUUGUUUAUGAAAAGAAGAUGUGGGGCACUGGGUCUACCCUCAAAGGGUAACUUGAAAGUGAUGUGGCUGGAACCACCCUUCUGGAUUUCUGUUUGAGGUUGGCUGACUUGAAGCACUAACAGAAUUGAGGGGUUUCAUGAAACAGUCCCUGAGCAUAGAUGGAAAGUUGAUGCAACUCCAUUGAUGUGAAUGGGGUUUGAGCAAGAAGAGGUGAGCUUACAUUCAAAUUCCACUCAUGUCAAAGAGAUUCCUGGAAGACUUUCUAGUGGGCAUUGCGCUUUGUCUAAGUCUUAAAGUUGUAAAUAUUCUGAAGCUUUAUUAUUCAAAGUUAUGGUGUUCCUCCAGCACUGAACUGCAGAAUGUAUUUGAUAGAUUCUUGAGCUUGAUACUUCAAACCAGAGUGGCCAUUAGACAUGCUUGUUUAAAUGAAUCGUGUUCUGCCUAAGUAUCAUGUGUUUGGUUUUAAUAACCUUACCUUAUGGAUGCAAGAUUUUAGAGAAUGAUGUAACUUAUUGGUGUGAUACCACUUUUAUAGAGCAGUUCAUUUAACUAAGGGGCCUAAAUGGUGAAAUACUUUCUGCUUUUUAAGUAGAUCUGUAUUUUAUGUGUUUACUUGGAACAUGCUUGGAAAGGUGAUGUUUUUAGUGAGAGAGAAUUUCUGGGUUCCUCAACAGCAAGGAGGCUUUUUAGACAAAAUCAGAUGCAACUUCUGAUGGAAUGGCAUUUCAAGGUGGUUGUUGAAGCAGCUCUGGGCAUCUGUGAAUUGGGAUGGGGAAAGUCGCUGCCGAAGUCUUCUCCCAUACAGCAGCUCUAUUGACCCUGGCCUUAGGGUAAACAUCAAGCAUAUCUUGUAGGCCUGAACAUUGUGAGUCUCCCCUAGGCAUAGGAGACAGGCAUCGUGUUCAUCCAAGAAAGUGAUUUUUGUACUGCACUGUGUAUAUUUUAAAAUAGGGUUUUAGUUGCCAUCCUGAUCCGAGAGGAGGUAGGGUCUUACUGGCCUCCACAGAAGCUGCUAGCAAUGGUUGAGGUAUUUCUCUAGAACUGCUAGUUCCAGUAAGGUUGACACAAUAAUAUAAAUUUGCCAGCAUGAAUAAAAGCAGUCAAUAAUACAAAGAAAAAACAUAUUGAGGCAGCAAAAUUUAAUAAAUUCCCAUGGUAAGUUGUAUAUAUGGUCGAAUUAGAAACUAUCAGCUAAAUAUUUUUUGAUAUUA